ACGGGAGCACCAGUGCCAUCUUCUGGAAGUAGGAGGCACCGGUGGCGGCCGCUGAAGACAGAAAGCUGUUCGUGGGAAUGCUCAGCAAGCAACAAACAGAAGACGAUGUCAGACAGUUGUUCACUACCUUUGGUACAAUAGAGGAGUGUACCAUCCUCCGAGGACCCGACGGUAGUAGCAGAGGCUGUGCAUUCGUGAAACUUUCAUCGCAUCAAGAAGCGCUAGCGGCGAUCAAUACCUUACACGGUAGCCAAACUAUGCCGGGUGCGUCAUCCAGCGUAGUGGUAAAGUUCGCAGAUACUGAGAAAGAGAGACAAAUAAGACGCAUGCAGCAAAUGACCGGCAACAUGAACCUCCUUAGCCCUUUUGUCUUCAAUCAGUUCGGCGCUUACGGCGCUUAUGCUCAGCAGCAAGCAGCUUUAGUGGCUGCUGCGACAGCACAAGGGACGUACAUCAAUCCAAUGGCAGCGUUGGCGCACGUUAGUGCUGUUGGCGCUGGACAAUUGCCGCAUGGAUUAAACGGCAUGCCAAACCCCGUCGUUCCUCCGACUUCCGGUACCGGUACAGGGCAGCCAGUUAACGGCGCAAUACCGUCGUUACCGUCGCCAACGAUGCCCAAUUUCAACAUGGCUGCACAAACACCGAACGGUCAACCAGCAGGUACGGAUCCUGGUGUCUACACCAACGGGAUACCACAGACCUAUGGGGGACAUGCCCUCCAUUUGACCAUUCCAGCAGCAGGGGCGCUGCCCAAUGGGGAGGCGGCACUCCAGCAUGCCGCGUAUUCUGGAAUACAACCCUACCCCAGUGUCGCUUAUCCCGCCGUCUAUGGCCAGUAUCCUCAAGCUAUUCCUCAGCCGAUGACCGCUGUGGCACCUACACAAAGGGAAGGAUGCUCUAUCUCAGGACCCGAGGGCUGCAACCUGUUCAUCUACCACCUGCCUCAGGAUUUCGGAGACAGUGAGCUUAUGCAGAUGUUCGUCCCUUUUGGCAACGUCAUAUCCUCGAAAGUUUUCAUCGACCGUGCCACCAACCAGAGUAAAUGCUUCGGUUUCGUGUCGUUCGACAAUCCAGGAAGCGCGCAGACAGCGAUUCAAUCGAUGAAUGGCUUCCAGAUAGGGAUGAAGCGUUUAAAAGUCCAGUUAAAAAGGCCCAAGGACGCAAGCCGGCCAUACUAACCAAAGUCCUAGCUUAGAGAAACUGGACGUUACGCACCCUAUAUCAUAAACAGAAUGUCGUACAAGAAUACGGGCUCACUGAACGCUCGACGAUCAGAAGUGACGAGUUUGAAUCACCGUUACAACGCUCUCCACCAUAAUAACCUAGUACACUAGUUAGAUAAUUAAUUAGAGGAUAAAAAUUAGAAGUCAGUAGAACGACUUCGCCGGCAACCACACGGCGAGGACGAAAAGUCUGAUGCUAAUGAAACAUUAAUAAUAUCCAGCGCUGAACCCAGUCCGAGAAAUCAAACGUGAGCCAACAAUUCACGCUUCAAACAUUCUCGGAUGCUCGGAUAUAACGAAACUGUCUACUGCAAGCGAAAUACGUCAAUCUUUUCCGUCUUUCCUUUCCUUUAUAUAUUCUUCUACUUCCUCUAACUCUUCCUCUUCUACCGCUACUC